GAAUUCAGAACAAGGAUUUCCACACACGACCCAUUCGUGACCACACAAACAAAGUCAAGGUUCGCCAACAGCACGUCAUCUUUUAACCAUUACCAUUUUUACCUCUCUCAUUAGCGCCGCUUAUUUUUCACUACAAGUUUCAUUUUAUUAAACGAAACUUGCAUCGACACGAUCUCAAAAUCCUCUCAUUUUGAACCUUUGAACACCGGCGAAAUCGGUGUAUAAAACAACGGAUAAUGUCGCGUGCGAUAGUCACUUCAACGAAGAUCGUCUUUGUGCAAAGAACUCACAACAACAACUCGACGAAGAAUAACGAGCGCAAAUAUGGAAGCUAUCAUUAAUGAAGCUUCCAGGCCACCAUCAACGAUUAUUACACUUGAAAAUAAGGCCGCGUUAAAAUCUAAUGGUGUUGGGUGUAGUGAAAAUAAAUGUUUAUCUAAAGAAGGAUUAUCAAGAAAUUCCCGAGUUGAUCCUAUUGAUAUACGAUUUGAAAAUGUUACGUAUACAGCUUCUUUAGGGUUUAGAAAAGGUACAAAACAAAUUUUACACGAAAUCAAUGGUUAUUUACCUCAAGGUCAAUUGAUUGCUAUUAUGGGUCCAUCCGGAGCUGGUAAAAGUACGUUACUGAAUGUGUUGAGCGGUUAUAGUAUCAAAGGGGUUGGAGGAAACGUGUACGUUGACGGUGCGGUUCGCGACUUGAAAGCCUUCAGGAAAUUGUCCUGCUAUAUCACCCAAGAUGACAGGCUUCAACCCUUGCUAACGGUCGGGGAAAACAUGCGAAUGGCUGCCGAUUUUAAACUUGGGGUCGAGGUCACAAAACUAGAAAAAGACCAAAUCAUUAAAGACAUUUUAUCGACACUUGGUUUAUCAACAUCGAUCAACACAAAAGCUUCCAUGUUAUCAGGCGGACAAAAGAAGCGGCUUUCCAUCGCUUUAGAACUAAUCAAUAAUCCCUUAGUUAUGUUUUUGGAUGAACCAACAACGGGAUUAGACAGCUUAACCUGCACGCAAACCGUCAAGUUAUUAAAGAAUUUGUCAGACCAAGGAAGAACAAUUAUUUGUACGAUCCAUCAACCUUCAGCAUCACUUUUUAGUUUAUUCGAUCAAGUUUAUGUUUUAUCCUUUGGUAAUUGUCUUUAUCAAGGAAGUACUGAAAAUCUAGUUCCUUUUUUGGAUAAAGCUAAUUUACCGUGUCCCAUGUAUCAUAAUCCAGCUGAUUAUAUAAUUGAAUUGGCUUGUGGCGAAUACGGAACUGAUAAAAUAGAAGAAUUAUCGAAAGAAACAUCAAACGGAUUAAGUAUAGAAUGGUUUAAACAUCCGGAAUCGAUUAAAAAACAAUUAACGAUGACACAAAGUUCAAAAUUGAAAAAGAAAUUAAAUAGAGAUAAUGAAAAUAUUCAAGCAACGAGUCAAUAUAAUCAAUUAAAAGUUUUAUUAAGGAGAGGAUUUUUAAAAUCAAAACGAGACUCAAAAUUAACGUACACUAGAAUAGGUGUGAACGUUUUAGUGGCAAUUAUGUUAGGAACUUUAUAUUGGAGGGCUGGAAUUGACGGUUCGAAAGUUUUGGAUAAUUACAAUUUGUUAUUUUCGAUUUUAAUGCAUCACAUGAUGUCAACGAUGAUGUUAACGAUUUUAACUUUUCCAACUGAAUUGUCGAUUUUAAUUAAAGAACAUUUUAAUAGGUGGUACUCUUUAAAAAUGUACUAUGCAUCAGUUACUUUAGUGGAUAUUCCAAUUUCAAUCGUUUGCGCGUUUUUAUUUUCAUUGAUUAUUUAUAUAAUGACAGCACAACCUUUAGAAUUAAAUCGAUUUCUUAUGUUUACCGCUAUUUCGACUUUAGUUGUUUUUGUCGCUCAAAGUUUUGGUUUAAUGAUUGGGGCUGUUUGUAAUGUUGUUAAUGGAACAUUUCUCGGUCCAACUUUAUCAGUUCCUAUGAUGAUGUUCGCCGGAUUUGGAGUAGCAAUAAAGGAUCUUCCGGGUUAUUUGUAUUGGGGUAGCUACAUAUCUUAUUUAAGAUAUGGGUUGGAAGGAAUUGUUGAUGCUGUUUAUGGGAUGAAUAGGCCGACGAUUGCUUGUCCGGAAGACAAAUAUUGUCACUAUAAAUACCCGAAACAAUUUUUAAAAGAAAUCUCAAUGAAAGCAGAUCAAUUUUGGAACGAUAUUAUCGCUUUAAUCAUCAUGUUAUUUUUCUUAAGAAUUCUUGCUUAUGUACUUUUAAGAUGGAAACUUUUGUCAGUGCGAUAAUUAUUUUAAAAAGAAUGAUUUUUUACUUUCUGUGAUGUUAACAUUACAAUUUUGAUGUAAAUAGAUUUUUUUAUUAUAUAUUUAUUUCAAUUUU